UCCGGCGGGUUGAAGUUGAUUUAAAGUGUUCCGACUCGACUCUCCUUAAUUGUGUCAAGCAACCUGCUGCGGCGUUUUUCAGUCAUGGAAUUACGUCCGUUCGCUUAUUUUAUAUUAGGCCUACUUACGAGUUUGGGAUAUAUACAAGGUAAAAGUUGUGGACCAAACCGAUGGCAGUGUGAUGAUGGAUCGUGCGUGCCUCCGGAAUGGAGGUGUGACGGGGAUGGAGACUGUUUGGACGGCUCGGAUGAGAUGAACUGCGAGUGUCUGCACGGCCAGUUUUUUUGCGCGGGCUCUCGGGUGUGUGUGAGUGAGUCAGCGCGGUGUGAUGGUCAGCAACAGUGUGCCGACGGUUCCGAUGAGUUGAACUGCACCGUCAGUCUGGCCCAGCACCAAAACCAGGAGCCAGGGUGUCUAGAAGGAGACUGGACCUGCAAGAACAAGAUAUGCAUCCCCAAGGAGCUCAGCUGUAACGGGGCCAACGACUGCAUGGACAAUUCUGACGAAACGGACUGUGGAAGCUGUGACCGGGCUAGUCUGCGUUGUCCUGGAGGGCUGUGUUACUCCACUCAGGAGAAGUGUGACGGCAAGGUCCAGUGUUCUGAUGGCAGCGAUGAACCUUCAACUUGUGGCCGAAGCUGCUCCAUGUCUAACGGAGGCUGCAGCCACAGGUGUGUACCCCAGACCUGGGGAACCCUGUGCGUCUGCCCCCCCGGCUGGAAGCUGUCUGCUAACGGAUCCGUCUGCCUGGAUGUGGACGAGUGUUCCCAGGCCUACGGUCCCUGCAGCCACAGCUGUGUGAACACUGAGGGCUCGUACUACUGCCACUGCAGAGAUGGCUUCCAGCAGCAGGGCAACACAAACUGCCUCCCCACAGGUGCAGAUCCCAUGCUGCUGACUGAGCUGAAGGGCACCUUGGGUCUUAUCAACCUGAAGACACUGCAGUUUAAGGUGGUGCAUAGCAUGAGUGCUGACCCGAUAACCCUGGCCUACGACCUGACCCGGAGGAGCCUCUAUUGGGCUGACGACCAGGGCAACAUCUACAAGCAAGGCAGCGUCCUAUACAGCAGUCAAACUGGAAUCAAAAGUCUGGCAUGUGAUUGGCUAUCUGGUCAACUGUACUGGACCAAUCAAAAGUCCAAGUCCAUCAUACUCGGGGCACCUGAUGGGAGUGGCUUUGCGACCAUUCUCUCCAAGAAUGUUGACCCACUGGAUCUGGUGCUUCUACCUAGUGAGAGCUGGAUGUUCUGGGUGGACCAGGGAGCAGGUGAGCGGUUGACCCUGGAGCGUGCUGCGCUGGAUGGGUCCAGCAGGAUCUCCCUGGCGGUGCUGACUGGCCAGGCUCCACGGGGUCUGGCUCUGGACGUGGCUGCUCGCAAGCUCUACUGGAUCAGCGACUUCAAGAAGGCGAGUUCCAUCGAGACUGUGCAGGUCGACGGGAGCAGGCGUUACACGCUCCGAGACUUCUUCAGCCGUGGCCAGGCAUCGGGCCUGGGGGCCUUUGCAGGCUGGCUCUACUGGGCAGACGAGAAGGGGCUGUGGAGGUCCCCCCAGGACCAACCCAAACGGAAGAGCUUCCUGCAAAGGGCGCCUCUGGCCACCCUGCUGAUCUACCACCAUCUGCAGCAGCCCAGUGGUAGGUGA